UGAGAUUUCUUUUCCGGGUCAAGGGUAACCAACGUGGUGCAUGCUGCAGCUCAACGUGCACACCACUUUGAAGAGGCAGAAACAACUUAAAGGAUAUAAAACACACUGAAAAAGACGAUCUUCUGGGAUGGGAGAGUUUAAAGUCCAUCGGGUUCGGUUCUUUGACUAUAUGCCCACCGGAAUCAGAGCUUUAGCCUUCCACCCACAAAACGAAAGGAUGGCAGUGGCGAGGAUGGACGGAUCUGUAGAGAUCUUUCACUGUUCAGACAACUUUUUCCAAGAAAAGAUCAUCCCUGGAAGAGAGCAGUGUGGGAUAGAGGCUCUGUCCUGGGUUGGAGAGCGUUUGUUCAGUGCAGGACUGAAUGGUGAAAUUACUGAAUAUGAUUUGACUUACCAGAAAGCUAAAUACACGAUGGAUGCCUAUGGAGGGCCAGUCUGGGCCAUCACUGGCAACCAUCAAGGAACACACUUAGCGGUUGGGUGUGAAGAUGGAACUGUGAAACUGUUUGAGGUAAAUGAAGACAAAAUACAGUUUGAGAGAAAUCUGGACAGACAGAAAGGCCGCAUAAUCUCUCUAUCCUGGCACCCGUCAGAUUCCAAAAUAGCAGCUGGAAUGAUGGAUAUGAUUCAGGUUUUUAAUGUCAAGACGGGGCACUCUAUACACAGGAUUCUGGUGGACAGAGGGCUGGGAACGUCCCGCAGUAAGGAGUGUGUGGUGUGGAGUGUGGUCUACCUCUCAGAUGGGACCAUCAUCAGUGGAGACUCCGUGGGAAUGGUCAAAAUGUGGGAUGAUCGCACCGGUACACUGAUCAAAAGCCACAAUGUCACCAAAUGUGAUGUGCUGGCAUUAUCAGUCUCUCAGGAUGAGGACAGCCUUGUCGCCGGGACAUCAGAGGGAUGUGUGGUGCAGUUCCAGUUCAUCGCUGUGGUUUUAGAUAAGGAUGACAAAGAAUGGGUCAGAACCAGAACAUUUAUGAACCACACACAUGAUGUCAGAGCUGUGGCGGAAAUCACAACUGCUGUUGUGUCAGGAGGCAUGGACACACAGCUGGUUGUGAGACCUCUGUUAGACAAGACUGAAGUGCGGUCAUCGGCCUCAGCCCUGCGGAAGAUUCACUUUCCACAUAGGAGUCUGGUGUCCUGUGCAAGGAAGGCUGGUCUGAUGCUUUUCCAGUUCCCGAAUAAUCUAGAGCUGUGGAGACUUGGAGAGAGUGAAGGAAAAGACAUACCUGGAAUGAGUUUACCUAUAAAAAGAAAGCCAGAGAAACUGCUUCAUUUGAAAGUGAAGGGUGAUGAGCACAUUCGUUGCAGUGUUGUGUCUCCAUGUGGAGAAUGGAUUGCUUACUCCACAGCAAGCAGUUUACGGCUUUACAAACUACACUGUGAUGAUACCAACGUCAGCAUCACUAAGAUUUCCAAGCUCCCAAAGGUUCUCAGCUCAGCCAAUCAGCUUUGCUUCUCCUCAGACUCCUCCCAUUUGUUUUCUGCCUCAACACUUUCAUCAGUACACAUGGUCUCUCUCAGCCAAUCAGGGUGCAAGUUUGUGGGCACUCUAAAGCCCAAGUCAGGUUUUCAUCAGGCCAUUCACUUAUUAGCAGUUAGUGAAGAUGGCAAGUGGUUGGCCUCUGCAAACAGUAACCACGAAGUUCACGUCUACAACCUUCAGACACGGAAGGCUCAUUGCACCGUUCCUAUAUAUAGUUCAGCUGUCAGUGCUAUGGGAAUACACCCAACCACAAACUGUCUGUUCAUGGUACAUGCAGAUCAACAGAUGUUUGAAUACUCUAUAGAGCAGAAACAGUAUUCGGAUUGGAGCAGAUUGGUGCAGAGGAAGGGGCUUCACCAUAUCUGGCUAGAAAGAGACACACCGGUGACCAAUGUCAUGUUUAACCCCAAAAAUCCUUCCCACGUCAUCCUGCAUGAUACGUACAUGCUAUGCAUCAUUGACCAAAGCCUGCCACUCCCUGAUAAAAAAACUCAGUUUUACAACCAGCUGACUCUGAGGAGCCUCCCAGAGGAACAAAGGAAUUCUCACAGCCAUGCUUUCAAAGUCUGCAAGACCUUCAAGGAGAUCCUAUGUGUGGAGAUGAUGUCAGAUCAGUCCCUGGUGGUGGUCGAGCGCCCUAUAUCGGAGAUCACCACUCAGUUGCCUGCACCCAUCAAACAGAAGAAAUUUGCUACUUAAGAACAAAACUGUGCCACUGUAUGCAUGUGACAUGAAUGAGAAAGUGUGUGUGUUUUAUUCCAAUAGAUUACAAAAAUAUGAGCACUGUUCCCACGUCCUAGAAAAAACUGCUUGGACAGUAUUAAAAGAAAUAUUUACUGUACUCCU